AUGGAUUGCCCGGCAGCGUUUCUUCUCGCCUUGGCUCUCUUGGUCCGCGAGGCUGAAGGUACAUGUUUCUACCAAGGCUUAUCGUUUGAGAAUAACACCGUUUGGAAGCCGGACUCGUGCCAAGAGUGUGGUUGCCAUGGUGACAUUGUCCUAUGCGAAGCUGUGGCGUGCAGAGACCCUCGCUGCAACUUUGAGAAGGAGGAAAUACUUCAAAUAUCACCCAACUCUUGCUGCCCUGAGUGUGCUGAACGAACGGAAGGGUUUUGUGAGUACGAAGGACAACUCAGAGAACCUAAUGCUGAAUGGGCCAGUUCGGGAUGCAGGACUUGCUCUUGUGCUAACGGAGAGGUCACUUGUGCCCCCCAACGCUGCUCUGCUCUUUCUUGCGAGGACAACGAAGUGGAACAUGUUGGUCCAGGAGAAUGCUGUCCCAAAUGUGUAAGCAGAAGAGACUCCUGUUCUUUCGACGGCGAAAUCAUCCCGAACAAGAAGGAAUGGCGGCUGAGCCCGUGUGCCAAAUGCGUCUGUCGGGACGGCUCUCUGCGGUGUUUCACCAUUUUUUGCCCACCUGCAUUCUGUAGUGCGGAUGAAAGUCUCGUCGUACCAGCUGGAAAAUGUUGUCCAGAAUGUGCUCGAAAACCCUGCUUUGCCUCUGGGGCAUUAUACCAGCAUGGUGAAGAGUGGAAGAAGGAUGCUUGCACCACCUGCGUAUGUGAUACAGGGGAAUCCAGGUGCUUUACAAAGAGCUGCCUCCCACUGAAUUGUCGGCAGGAGGAGAACAAAGUGCGGCGCCCUGGGAAAUGUUGUGAAGAGUGUGUCCUUUCCGAGGGCAGCUGUGUACACAACGGCACCCUCAAAUACCACAGUGACAUGUGGCAUGAUACGGACUGUAACUUCUGUACCUGUGAUGGAGGACGGGUUGCUUGUCGGAAGGCCAAGUGUGCCAGAGUGGACUGUGGCCAGGGUGAAGAAUUAUCUCAUUUACCAGGCAAAUGUUGCCCUGAAUGCAUUUCAAGAGGGGGUCCCUGUAUUUACAAAGACUCUACCAAAGACAGUGGUGAAAAAUGGAAGGAAGGCUUGUGCCGUGAAUGCGAAUGUUUGCACUCCAAAGUAAACUGCUAUUCUCGGUCUUGUCUGACGUGUCCCCCAGGAAGUGUGGCUGUUGCCGUUCACGGAGAGUGUUGCCCUCAAUGCAAGCCAGGUCGCUGCCACCCUGACUGCUUGACCUGUGCCCAGGCGUUUGAUCGUUGCGAUGCCUGCCGAGAGUCCACCAAGUUUCUCCUGAACGGCCGUUGCGUUGACAGCUGUGGGGUUGGCUUCUAUCCAGAUGCUGGCCUUUGCGUAGCUUGUAAAGAGUUGUGCUCGACUUGCACUAAUAAAUUUGGAUGUACUUCCUGCCAAGCUUCGCUGCAUUUGAAAGAUGCCCAAUGCGUGACAUCAUGUGGGGAAAGAUUUUUCCCGGGACCUCUCCAAUGCACAGCUUGUCACGAAUCCUGCGCUACGUGCCGGGGUCCGACUGCAAACAACUGCUCCACCUGCCGAGACCCGUCUCUCGCGUUACUGGAAGGCACCUGCGUGGCUAAUUGUGGGCAGCGGUUCUACGUUACGGAUGGAGUUUGCAGAGCUUGCCAGGAAGGUUGUGACAGGUGUUACCUGGAUCGGCUGAGAUGCUUGUCCUGUGCUUCAGGCCGAGUUUUGCUGGAUGGCAACUGCCUGUCGGAAUGUCCCCAUGGCUACUACGCAGAUGGUUCCCGCAAAUGUAGAGUUUGCCACAGUUCCUGCACCGGCUGCACAGGACCUUUGCCCACUCAGUGUACCUCCUGCUCCUUUCCCCAGGCCUUCUACCAGGGCCGGUGUCUCCUCGCUUGUGGAGAGGGCUUUUAUCAGCACCACAACCUCUGUAAAGGUUGCCAUUCAUCCUGCAGGGCCUGUGUUGGCCCAGAACAUUCACACUGUACGCGAUGCACGAACCCAGAGGAGAAGCUUCAACCAUACCUGAGCCUUGAGGAGAGGCCCGUCGGCGCCUGCUUGCCUCAGUGCAGAGCCCAGUUCUACAGUAACGAAGACGGGAUUUGCAAAGCGUGCCACUCUUCCUGCCUUUCUUGCACCGGAGGAUCUCCCGAGAACUGCACCAUUUGUGCCUCACCUCAAGUCUUUCAUGAAGGCCGGUGUAUCUCUGAGUGUCCAGAAGGAUGGUAUCAUCAAGAAAGCCGUUGCUAUGCCUGCCAUCCUUCUUGCAAGACGUGCAGCGGGGCUGAGGAUGAUGAAUGCACAGCUUGUCACCCCCACGCCUCUUUCCUCAACGGAAGAUGCAGAACUCCCUGCAAGAGAGAGCAAUACCUCAAUCUGGUAGGAUACUGUGCGGGUUGCCAUCCGCUUUGUGAGUUGUGCGUGGCAGAUCUCCACACCGACAGAGGAAGCACCUGUCUCAGGUGCCGUGACAUCCAUCACCUGCUCCUGAAGGACCGCUGCGUGCCAGACUGCCCCGUGGGAUUUUACCAACUCGGAGGAGAGUGUCAGAAGUGCCAUCCUUCCUGUAAAACCUGUACAGGAGAAGGCCCAUUUUCCUGCACUUCCUGUGACGCCAGCCUCGUCCUUUCUCACGCUGGCUCGUGCCUCUCGGCCUGUUCCCUGGGAUUCUAUCAGGAUGACAACCUUCACUGCAAACCUUGCAGUGACUCGUGUCUGAGCUGUGAUUCGAGAUCCCACUGUACUUCUUGCAAAGACCCAUCCAAGGUGUUACUAUUUGGAGAGUGCCAGUAUGAUAAAUGUCCAUCGCAGUAUUUCCUUGACGUAUCUACCAGGACUUGCAAAGAGUGUGACUGGAGCUGCAACGUUUGCCACGGUCCAAACCGUACGGAUUGCCUGCAGUGCAUGGAGGGAUAUUUUCUCCAGCAAGGAGCUUGCGUCGAGCAUUGUCUGCCGGCAUUUUUUAGGGAAUCUGAAACAUGUCAAAGAUGUGUUGAUGACCACUGCCUCCAGUGUGACGGGCCACGGAAAUGUGUGCGCUGCCAGGCUCCCUUCCUGCUCCUGGAUUCCCAGUGCGUCUUGUCUUGUGGAAAGCGGUACUACGGGGACCACGGAGGGCAGAUAUGCCUAGCUUGUCCCGAGGGAUGCUUGGAGUGUGACGGUUCCACCAGAUGCCGAGUUUGUAAUUCCACUACAUUCCUCCAGAAAGGCCUUUGUGUGGCUGACUGUGGGCGUGGCGUCUACAACGACCCCCGAAAUCGGCAGUGCAAAUCUUCUGGGCCUGCUCCUGGGUUCAAGGCCAAGAGCCACCUCUUGGUAGGGAUUGGUGGGCUGAAACUACUAGAUGGUUCCUUGAUGGAAGUAGAGAACCUAGAGAGCUACGGAGAAGGCCUUCUCUUUCGCACGGCAGCCCUUCCCACCAAUGGCAGGCUGAUGGUCCUGGCUGAAGGGAAAGAAAGUGAACAGGACCAUUUCACCUGGGAAGACGUGAAGGAACAGCGCGUUUUCUUUGUCCAUGACAAAAUGAAAUCCAGGAAUGGCCAGUUUUUCCUGACGCUCAGCUAUCAAGAAUCUACAUCUGAACCAGUAAUGUUCACUGUUCGAGCUCUUUCAACACAGGCUCCUUAUGUCUUCAAGAACGAAGUCCUUUUGGUUAGCAAAGGGGAUGCUGGAACCAUCACCAGCCACUUGCUUGAUAUCCAGGAUAGGGAUAAUCCUCAAGAUGUGACGGUGACCAUUUUAGACCCUCCAAAACAUGGGCAAUUGGUCAAGCUUUCAGGAAACGGCCCUUUGACUCUGCAUGUGUUCAGCCUCGGUGAACUUUCAGGAGGAUUCGUGCAUUAUAUUCAUGACGGAUCCAACAGUUUGGAAGACAUGGCAGUUCUGCAAGUCAGCGAUGGGUACCACUUUCAGAAUAUACUCUUCCGCAUCAAGAUUGAUCUAAAGAGCAACCGCAUUCCCCGCCUGGUUAUCAGCUCUACCGUCUGGGUCCCAGAGGGAGGCAUGUUGCAAAUCACCAAAAGAAAUCUGCAAGCCGAGAUGUUCGGGGCCAGUGAUUCUGCGAUCAUCUAUACAAUCAGGGACAAGCCGCAGUAUGGUGAAGUGGUGUUUCUGGUUCCCAUGCCCGCCGAUGAUUCUGGAUUAGGAUGGCAGCCUUUGGCCAAUGGAGGUAGAGCCACCCCAACAACCACGUUCACCCAACAGGACAUCAACGAAGGUGUCAUUUGGUACAGGCACUCUGGAGCCGAGACGGAGAGUGACUCAUUCCGCUUCCAGGUCUCUGGUGCAGGCUUUCCACAGACCCAUCUUGAGACCCACCUGUUCAACAUUGCCAUCUUACCACCACACCUGGCGUCACCUGUGUCCUCCUCCAGGUCUUCUUUUCACAUGACGGCAUUAGAAGAUCGUGUGACACCUAUUCAACCCCAUCAACUGUCCUUCGUCAACUCGCAAACUCCAAGUGAAGAAAUCACGUACAACGUGACUGUCCCCUUGCCUCCAAAUCAAGGCAUGGUGGAACACAGGGACAAACCAUUCUUCCCGGUAGCCGCUUUUACCCAAACGGACAUCAACAAUGGCAAAAUUGUCUAUCGUCCACCUAGUGCUGCAUCCCAUAUUAAGGAGCUCAUGGAAUUCUCCUUUGCUGGUCUUCCAGAAUCGAUUAACUUUCGUUUUACAGUGUCGGAUGGAGAACAUAUAAGUCCCGAGAUGGCGUUUACCAUCCACUUACUUUCCACUGAUGUAGAGCCUCCAUUGUUCCAGAUUACUACUCCGGUGCUCGAGGUCAGCCAAGGAGGCAGAGCUGCUAUUGGAAUAAAGCUGACACUGAGUGACGGGCCCAUUGCUGCUGAGGAUCUCUUCUUUGAAGUGGUAGAACCUCCUCACCACGGAGCUCUUCUCAGACACGGUUCCGGAUUCCCAGUCUACAUGGCAACAGGUGAUAGCUUCACCUAUGAGGAAAUCACCAGGAACGCCUUGCAUUAUCUUCACGAUGGCUCAUCCUCGGGAGAAGACAGCAUGGAAAUUUCAGUCACUGAUGGCAGUACCAAAGACGUCGUUUUGCUCAAAGUGAAAAUAACUCCAGUGGACAUUAACGGGCCAAGGUUGGAUCCUAGCUGCUCGCUGAGUAUCACUGUGGCUGGUAAAAACUCUGUGAUCAUCACUCGAUCCCACUUCGCUUAUAUUGAUAACAAUUCCCCAGAUUCUGAGAUAAGGAUUCAGCUAAUUUCUCUUCCGAUGUAUGGCAGUCUUAUGCGGACAGCCUUUGGACGGCAAUCGGAUGAGUCUUCGGAGGUUUAUAAUUUCACAAUGGAAGACAUUAACCAUCAAACAAUCAGAUAUUUCACCGAGCUUGAAACUGUUUUCGAUCAGCCAAUCACCGAUGUCUUCUACUUCUCUGUGUUCGAUGCGGACAACAACCAGCUCGAUAGCCAGAUGUUCACCGUUACUAUCACAGCAGCCCAAAAUGUGCCUCCGGUUAUUACUUUUUCUGACCAAAUUACGGUAGAAGAAGGGGGACGGACACCACUCCACCCUCACCACACCCUUCGCCUGGAAGGUGGCCUUGCUGAAGAAGGCUUGGUUGUAAAAAUCACAAGUCCUCCAAAAUAUGGGUACAUUGAAAACACCAGGACAGGCAGACGCCUCGGUUUUGGAAACGCCGAAAGUUCUGAUUUUUCUUUCUCACUUCAAGAUGUGUUGGAGAACCGUAUUUAUUAUUUUCAAAAUGUCCAUGAAAGUAUUGAGCCAUCGAUGGACAGCUUUGGUUUUUAUAUCAGUGAUGGCUUCAGCCAAUCAGAAAUCAGCAGUGUCAACAUUACCAUUAAGCGCCUGAAUGAUGAGCCACCUCAGGUAAAGGUGAGCCCUAUCAGCGUGCGUGAAAACACGGCAGUAGUGAUUCGGAAUUCCUCCUUGAGGCUGAGGGACUUGGAUACUCCGAAUGACCUUCUGGUUUUCAUGGUAACCAAGAUACCCAUUCACGGAUACCUGUACAGAAGGGAAUCUCCUCAGCAUUCUCUGGAGAAUGGACAAGCUCUCUCGGAGGGAUCCACUUUCACCUACCAGGAUGUCCUGGAGGAACUGAUUGUUUAUAAAUUGAACAGUUUGGUAGCCCAAAGGGACGAGUUCCAAUUUUCACUCUCAGACGGCCUCCACAUUGAGACAGGGAAAGUGGAGUUUGCGGUAGCCUCACCAAGGAUGGACCUUCCCACAUUAGUCGUGAACAGAGGCCUACAACUCCCUGCUGGGUCCGUGGCAGUCAUUACAAACCAGCAUUUAAGAGCCACCGAUCCUGAUUCAGAUGACCUGUCUAUCAAAUACAUCAUGAAGAAGGACCCAAUUUAUGGGUUGUUACACCUGCAUAGAAGAGAUUCUUUGAUGCAAAUCUCUGCACGGGGACCAGCCAAAAGCUUCACCCAGGCAGAUAUAAACAAAGGACAAGUCGAAUACAGCCACGAGAAAGAAGAACCAGUUGGGACAUUCUUUUUUGUUUUUGAUGUGACAGAUGGAGAGGGAAACAGAAUGGCAGACUUGGCAUUUUCAAUUAACGUAACAGGGGAUCAAUUUCCUUUGUCCGUCACUGUCAACACCGGGCUAAUCCUGGACGAAAACUCGGUGAGGAAAAUCACCCCUUUGGAGCUGUCAGCCAAGAAGGAGGGUGGAGAAUCCAGCGAUCUCCUCUACAGGAUUAUUAAACAGCCCCAGCUGGGACACUUGGAACACGCAACAUUACCAGGCAGAAGGAUUAGUUCCUUCCAACAAGAAGACCUUGUCUCCCACAGCCUCCAGUACAUCCAUACAAGCGAGGCUGAAGAACACGCUGACGCGUUCACGUUCACCGUUUCAGAUGGCCGUCAGGAGGUGACCCAGAAUUUCGAAAUCACCAUUAACCCGGUUGACGAUUCUUUGCCAGUGGUGCAGGCCGCGGGCACGACUGUGCAGGAAGGAGUGAGGAAAACCAUCACGGAAUUUGAUCUCAAAGCCACUGACGCUGACACAGAGGCCAAGUCUGUUACCUUUAGCAUUGUGCAGUCCCCACGCCAUGGCCAGCUGGAGCGCACCCAUGAUGGCCAUCAUUACCAACAGGCCCAUGCCUUCUCCAUGGAGGACGUCUUCCAGAACCGAAUCAGUUACAGUCACGACGGGAGCAAUUUUUUAGAAGACCGUUUCACGUUCACGGUGUCCGAUGGAACCAAUCCCUUUUUUGUGGUGGCAAAGGAGGGGAAAGAGAUUGUGACUGCUGUACCCCAAUGGUUUAGAAUAGAAAUUCUCCCUGUGGAUGACGGGACUCCAAGAGUUGUCACUAAUUUAGGUCUUCAGUGGUUGGAAUAUAUGAAUGGCAAGCCAAAAAACCUCAUCACUAAGAAGGAGCUGUUGACUAUGGACCCUGAUACAGAAGACAACCUCCUGAUCUAUGAAAUAACAACGGGCACCAAAUAUGGUUACGUGGAGAAGAAAUUGCAGCCAGGAACGAUGGUGACUACCUUUACGCAAGAGGACGUGAAUUUGGGAUUGAUCCAGUAUGUGCUACAUGAAGAGAAUAUUCAAAGGACAGAGGAUAGUUUUCAGUUUCUGGUGAAGGACAGCAAACCCAGCAUUGUCGCUGAUAAUAUCUUCCAUAUUCAGUGGUCCGUUAUCAGCUUUCAACAUACGAGCUACAACAUCAGUGAAAAGGCCGGUUCCGUCAGUGUGGCUGUGAGGAGGGCAGGAAACCUCAAACAAUACGCUAUUGUCCUGUGCCGUACAGAACAAGGAACAGCCACCUCUAGUUCAAGUUCUCAACCAGGGGAACAGGAUUACCUUGAAUACGCUAGCCAGGUGCAGUUCGAUGAAUGGGAAGACCUCAAAACUUGCACCAUUGUUAUCCACGAUGACGGCAUCUUUGAGGGCGUAGAGAGCUUCACCGUUGAGUUGAGUAUGCCAGCGUAUGCCUUGCUGGGCAACAUCACUGCGACCCAAGUCUUCAUUAAUGAUGUAGAAGAUGAGCCCACCCUGCAGUUUGACAAGAAGGUCUACCAUACCAGUGAGAGUGCCGGCAUCCUCUCUGUCCCCAUCGAAAGGAAAGGAGAUUCUAGCAGCAUCGUUUCUGCCAUUUGCUACACCGUCUCUCAAAGUGCCCAAGGCAGCAGCAUGUAUGCCCUGGAGUCCGGUUCAGACUUUAAAUCCCGGGGAAUGUCCAACGAGAACCGAGUCAUCUUGGGGCCCGGUGUCACAAUGACAACUUGCGACGUGAAGCUGGUUGAUGACAGCGAGUACGAAGAGGAGGAAGAAUUUGAAAUUGCUCUGACCGAUGUAUCCGAGAACGCUCGGCUUGGGAGCAUCACGUCCGCUAAAGUUACGAUCGACGGUCCCAACGAUGCUUCUACUGUAUCGCUCGGAAGUGCGGCUUUUAGUGUUAGCGAAGAAGCAGGGAUUAUCGAAAUCCCAAUUACGAGGCACGGGUCUGAUCUCUCCAUUCCUACCUCGGUCUGGUGCGCCACUCGGACAUCAGAUCCGCCAUCUGCUACUCCGGGAUUUGAUUACAUUCCCAGUUCCAAGAAGGUUGAAUUUCAUCCAGGGAGAACUGAAGAGUAUUGCACCUUGACUAUUCUGGAUGAUGCGCAGUCCCCAGUGAUUGAAGGGGUGGAGACCUUUGUGGUCUAUUUGAGUUCCCCUCAAGGAGCAGAGCUGGCCAAACCUUUCCAAGCAGUGGUGGCCAUUAAUGACACCUUCCAGGAUGUUCCAAACAUGAAGUUCAGUAAAGAUGUCUACUCCGUGAAAGAGAAGGACCAUGUCCUACACAUUCCUGUUAUCCGUUCUGGAGACUUAAGCUACGAAUCUUCCGUCAGGUGCCAUACCCAGAGUCAGACCGCAAGAGUCAUGGAGGAUUUUGAGGAAAGGAGAAAUGCUGAAGAAUCACGGAUCACAUUUUUGAAAGGGGAGAAGGUAAAGAACUGCACUAUUAUUAUAAACGACGACUCUGCCUUUGAACCGGAGGAGAGAUUCCGGGUAUAUCUGAGUGAACCCCAAGGCAGCCACUGGAGUGGGGCUACCGUUGGGAAAAGCAAUAUGGCUACUGUAGUUAUUUCCAACGACGAAGAUGCUCCCACCAUCGAGUUUGAAGAAGCUGGGUACCAGGUUCGUGAACCUCCUGGGCCAGAAGGCGUUGGCUUCUUAAAUGUCAAAGUCAUCCGGAGAGGAGAUCAAAACAGGACCUCGAAAGUUCGCUGCAGCACCCGGGAUGGCUCAGCUCAAUCUGGAAUCGAUUAUUACCCAAAGAGCCGAGUUCUCAAGUUUAGCCCUGGUGUGGAUCACGUUUUCUUUAAAGUGGAGAUCAUGUCCAAUGAAGACCGGGAGUGGCACGAAUCCUUUUCUCUGGUCUUGGGUCCAGAUGAUCCCAUUGAAGCUGUUUUGGGGGACCUCACCACCACAAUUGUGACCAUUUUGGACCAAGAAGCAGCCGGAAGCCUCAUUUUACCAGCUCCUCCUAUAGUGGUUACUCUGUCGGAGUACGACCACGUUGAAGAAGAAACCACAACGGGAGCUAAGAAGUCACCAUCUCCAGGCUACCCCUUGGUCUGUGUUACCCCUUGCGAUUCUCACUUCCCCAAGUACUCGGUGAUGAAGGAGCGAUGCGGUGAGGCUGGGAUCAACCAGUCCUCCAUACAGUUCAGCUGGGAAGUGGCUACCCCCACCGAUGGAAACGGAGCCAGAUCCCCUUUUGAAACCAUUACGGACAAUACCCCCUUCACCAGUGUCAAUCACAUGGUGCUGGACAGCAUUUACUUCAGCCGGAGAUUCCACGUACGGUGCGUGACCAAAGCCGUGGAUAAAGUCGGCCACGUGGGCACUCCCCUACGGAGUAAUAUAGUCACCAUUGGGACCGACAGCGCCAUCUGCCAUACCCCUGUGGUGGCUGGCACAGCCCGGGGGUUCCAGGCUCAAUCUUUCAUUGCCACCUUGAAAUACCUGGAUGUAAAACAUAAGGAACAUCCUAACAGAAUCCACAUCUCGGUGCAAAUUCCACACCAGGAUGGGAUGCUCCCCCUGAUUUCCACCAGACCUCUGCACAACUUGCAUUUCCUAUUGUCAGAAUCCAUUUAUAGGCACCAACACGUCUGUUCCAAUAUAGUCAGCAUCCAAGAUCUUAAAGGCAUCUCGGAAGCUGGAUUUCUAGAUGAAGUGAUGUACAAUAAUAUCGUUCUGGGCCCUGGAUAUGACCGGCCAUACCAGUUUGAUCCCAGCGUGAGAGAACCAAAGACUAUCCAGUUCUACAAACACUUGAACCUGAAGAGCUGCAUUUGGACAUUUGACGCAUACUAUGACAUGACAGAGUUAAUUGAUGUCUGUGGAGGAUCCGUCACUGCAGACUUCCAGGUUCGGGAUUCUGCUCAGUCGUUCUUGACAGUCCAUGUCCCACUUUACGUCUCCUACGUUUACGUAACCGCACCCAGAGGCUGGGCCUCUCUGGAGCAUCACACGGAGAUGGAGUUUUCCUUCUUCUAUGACACCAUUCUCUGGAGAACAGGUAUACAGACGGACAGCGUCCUUUCGGCCAAACUGCAGAUAAUCAGGAUUUACAUCCGAGAUGAUGGUCGGCUGGUCAUUGAGUUCAAAACUCACGCCAAGUUCAGAGGGCAUUUUGUGAUGGAACACCACACUCUGCCAAACGCCAAGUCUUUUAUCAUGACCCCUGACCACCUGGGAGGGAUGGAAUUUGACCUACAGCUCUUGUGGAGUGGACAGACCUUUGACUCUCCUUAUCAACUCUGGAGAGCAACCAGCUCCUACAGCAGGAAAGAUUAUUCCGGAGAAUACACCAUCUCCUUAAUACCAUGUACGGUCCAACCCACACAAUCUUGGGUUGAUCCAGGAGAUAAGCCCUUACCCUGCACAGCUCAUGCUCCAGAAAAAUUUUUGAUCCCAAUUGCCUUUCAACAGACCAACCGCCCGGUUCCCGUCGUGUAUUCCCUGAACACGGAGUUUCAGCUCUGCAAUAAUGAAAAAGUUUUUCUCAUGGACCCAACUAAAACUGAGAUGUCGAUGGCUGAGAUGGACUACAAGGGAGCUUUUUCCAAAGGUCAAAUCCUGUAUGGCCGAGUGAUGUGGAACCCGGAGCAAAACCUCAAUUCCGCCUACAAACUGCAGCUGGAAAAAGUCUACCUCUGCACAGGGAAGGAUGGCUACGUCCCGUUCUUCGACCCAACGGGCACAAUAUAUAACGAAGGACCCCAGUACGGCUGCAUCCAGCCUAGCAAGCACCUGAAGCACAGAUUCCUGCUGCUGGACCGGAGUCAACCAGAAGUGACUGACAAAUACUUUCACGACGUCCCUUUCGAUGCCUAUUUUGCAUCCGAGUUGGCCGAUUUCCACCAGGUCAGCAACUUGCCAGGAGUGGAUGGUUUCGUCAUGAAAGUGGACGCCCUGUAUAAGGUGGAAGCCGGGCACCAGUGGUAUCUUCAAGUGAUCUACGUCAUCGGUCCCGAGAUGAUUGGGGGGUCCCGGAUGCCACGUUCUGUGGUACAUCAUUCAAAGCGCGGCCGCCGAGACCUUGUGGACCACAAAGGUGUCCCUGUUCUGGAUGACUCCUUGAUUUACGACAACGAGGGAGACCAAAUGAAGAAUGGCACUAACAUGAAGUCUCUCAGCCUGGAGCAACAGGAAGCCGUCACCGUGGCCUCUCUCUCUCAGACCGGAGCUUCCAUUGGCAGCGGCUUUGCGGCCGUCCUGCUUCUCGUCCUCGUCCUCUUGUCCAUCUGCUUUGUCACCAGGAAGUGUCGGAAGCACCGGAAGAAGAAGAAGAAGAAAGCGGCCAAAGAGAUCGCAGAGCAGUACCCUCUCAACACGAAAGUCGAGGCAGCCAAGCGGUACGCCGAGGGCCUGGAGAAGAACGUCAGCGGACAAUACUGCACGGUGAAGAACCUCAACCUCCUCUGUGAAAACGAAGGUGCCUAUAAGGUUAGGGGAACGAGGGUCAAGCAGAUGAACCUGGAAGUGAAAGUUCAUAACAAUUUACACGACGGGACCGAAGUUUAAUGGCCUGCGCCUUUGGGAAAGGGGGAAGAAAUGUCUUUAUAUAUAUAUAUAUAUAUAAAUUGUAAAAAAAAAAAAAAAUGAGGGGAAGAGGAGAAACCUUCUAUAAUUUUUUCUAAAAAAUUCUUCCCCCCACCCCCACCUCGUUCUGGUAUUUUUAUAGUAGUCAUGUGAGGAAAAGGGAAGAACAAAAUCUUUGCAUUUUGUUUGCUUAAGCCAGAGGUCUCCAAACGUGACGGCUUUAAAAUUUGUGGACUUCAACUCAGGGGUGUGCUUCAAAAAAUUUAGCAAGGGGUUCUCUGCCCGGUUGCUGGGUAGUCGUGCCCAUGGUGGGCGUGGCCUAGUUGGCCUCCUGCACCAUGGCGGGGGUGCGUUUUUGCCCUCCCCGGGCUCCGGAAGCCUUCCUCGAGCUUCUGGGAGGGCGAAAAUGGCCUCCCCAGGCUCCAGAGGCCCUCUGGAGGCCGGAAAAGGGCCCAUCUCUGGCCUUCAAGAACUUCCAGUAGGCCCAUUUUUCACCCUCCCCGAGCCUCCGUGCGCCCUGCACUUACCUGCAUCCAAAACGGGUCGCGUGGGGACUCCGGGGAGGGGGCAGCCAGGAAUGGGAUUUGGAGGUUCUCCGAACUGCACAGAAUCUUAGCUAGAGGUUCUCCUGAACCCCUGCGAACCCCCAGCAGCCCACCCCUCCUUCAACUUCCAUGGCUGAGGAAUUCUGGGAAUUGAAGUCCACCAAGUUGCCAAGGUUGGAGCCCCCCCUGGCUUAAGCAAUGAUCAAGCAAGGUAUCUUUGCAUGCUUCCACUCUACCAAGGAGCUACCUCAAGGAAAGCCAAACCACCCAAGGAGAAGAAGGACCGUAACUCAUCUCCUAUAAAAGCCACCUUGGAGGGGGCCACGGCCACGGCCACGCACCUCCAAUCUCGCUACGGUUCCCACAAGACCUCUUCUCUUGUUGGCCUGUUGACUUCUCUUUGCAGAACUGGUUGAAUCAAAACAAAACAAAAAACAAAGAUGCCUUGCUCGUGUCUACUUCGGAGGUAGAAGAAGCACAAUAUGGAAAUUAUGUAUGGGACAGCAAGAUGCCCCUGGAUUUCCCCCAAUUCAGCUGACGGAUGAAGGAUUGGCACUUCCAAUGAUGCCUUGGUUUGACCGUUUUGUAUUAACUUACUUCUGUGGGAAGACUUUCACACCGGUUUCUCCAGAUGGAAGGAUGAAAUAAUGGCUUCCCUUUGAAACCCAGAUGCCUUGAGGACAACAGAGGGUCUCUCUAUCAGACUCAUGUAAUUUCGGUGGGCCAUCAGAUCCCUAGAAGCAGUUGUUGAGAUGAUACCAAUAUGGGUUCUUGAUGUUCUCUAAGCUUGGCUGUGUUCCUGCAGAGGUUUCACUACCAUCCCUGCUAGGAAGUGCAACUAUGAUAUGUAUUAUUAUUGGAUACUGGCUUGGUUUACUAUCGGAUAACAGCCAUGGCUAACAGCUCAAAAAAGUGUGUUAAUUACCCCUGAAUGUUGAGUGAUGCUGAUGCAUCACUUGUCACAGAUGAUCUGGUCCCUACAAAAGUCACCUUUGCAUGGACACCAAAUUGGCGGUAGAGCAGCUGGGGUGCCCCAAACUUUUUCCAAGUAGAUCCGUUGAGAUCUCCUAAGUUACCCCCUAAAGCAGCGGUCCCCAACCUUUCUAGCUUGGCAGCCUGGCUUAGGGUGUGUUUGUGUGAGUGGCGCAUGCACAGCUGCAUGGAGCUCCUUCACGGGAGCGAAGCUUCACACACACACUUGCCCAUUUCUCCCAUAGCCUAGUUUCGAAACGGUUGCAGCCCGGGAGUGGGCCAUGGGCCAGGGGAUGGGGACCCCUGCCGUAAAGCUUAGGAAGUUCUGAUAUAGCAGUGACAGCUAACCUUUUGGGCACCAAGUGCCGAAAUUGGAGCGCGCGCCCCAGAGCGCCAUGCACCCCAGCCAGCUGCUCUCUUCCAGGUUCCAGCGUAUGCAUGCGCGCCUGACAGCUGGUCUUCGUGGGAACCUAGAAGAGAGCAGCUGUCCGAUGCUCAUGCACACGAUGGAACCUGGAAGAGCAGCUAGAAACGGCGCGUGUGCCGACAGAGAUGGUUCUGCAUGCCACUUCCGUCACGCGUGCCAUAGGUUCCCCACCAGUGAUGGCUAACCUUUUUGCUGUCGCAUGCCAAAAGUGGGGGGAGCACGGGGGAGUUGCGUGCGUGCCCACACCCACAAUUCAAUGAGCUCCCCCGCCCCCGCGCAUGCACACGUGACCCCCCCCGUGCUCCCCCUGUUUUUGGCACGCGAUGGCCCGGUGAGCCCAGUAGCCCCAUUUUCCGCCCUCCCCAGGCUCCAGAGGCUUUCUAGGAGUGAAAACGGCCUUCCCCACCCCCGUGAAGGCCCUCUGAAGGCUGGAAACGGCCCGUUUGCCAACUUCCGGUGUGCCCGGAAGGCCCAAAAAAAUCAGUUGGCCUGUGUGCUCAUGCGCGCUGCAGCUGAGCUAGGGCAAUGCUCGCGUGCCCACAGAUAUGGCUCCGUGUGUCACCUGUGGCACGCUUGCUAUACGUUCGCCAUCACGGAUAUAGGGUCAUAAUGUUCUUGGAUAUUUCUUACAAAUUGGACAAAGAGUUAAUUUGAAGUAAUUUGGCAAACUGAAAAGCUGAACAUGACACUCUGUCCCCAUGCCAUUGGCAUUUCUUCAGCAAGGUACCUUGAAGAAGUUUUUAUAAUGUUCUUAUCUCCAGGUGACAAACCGCCAACUCAUUCUGCCAAGCAGGAAUAAUUGAGAAUGAGCCAUUUUUUUUGGUUGUAAGAAACUUUUUGUAGAUCAGUUUUCAAGGGCACACCUUAAAUCUCUAUAAAGGGGCAACCUAACCUAAGAAAUAAGAGCGCCAUUAUUUUUCUCACAUUGUCCAUUGUUGUUCCACCUUAUUUUGAAAUAUCUGCUAUAAUGAUUCCCCCCCCUUUUUUUUUGGUCCUAAAUGCAGAUUUUUUAAAAAAAAUAUUCUUUUAGAAAAUAGGCAGUACUUUGGAACAGAAAAUCACCUGUGCCAAAAUUGUUGCUAAAGUUAGUUUCUAAUGCUAACUAGGAAUCCUUCUGUGUAUCAGCAUAAUUUAAUUCAGAAACCUUCCCCCAACAUAAGACAUAUUCUGAUAGUAAGCCCAAUUGGGCUUUUGAGUUGCAUGGCAAUAAGGCCAAGCGCUUAUUUCAGGGUUCAAAAAAAUAUAAGACAGGGUCUUAUUUUCGGGGAAACACUGUAGUGUGGUGUAAAGCAGCAAGUAACUCAUGUUCUGUGUAGAAAUCUAAUUCAGUAGACUUCAUAGAGCGAGAGCGUCUAACUUUUAAGACCUCUGGACUUCAAUUACCAGAAUUCCCCAGCCAGCAUGGGGAAUUGGCUAGGGAAUUCUGGGAGUUGAAGUCCACAAGGCUUAAAGUUGCCGAGUUCCCUAGCAUAAACACUUGAUUUAAGCCAGUUGGUCCUGGAUUUUGGUACAUCACGUUGAUUAUGCAAAUGUCUGAAUAAUUCACAAGCUCCUAACUCCCAAAAGCCACAUUCUCCAAAUUACUUACCAAAGCUGGUUCAGGGUAAAAUGAAUCUUAAUUUUGAAAGCAUGCGGAGAUACUUGUAAACCUGGUUCCAAAAACAGCCUGAUUACAUGCGAUAAACUGGUUUUCCUUAUAAUUUAAUGUCUUCUCAGAGUGCGAGAUUUUUUUUACCUUGCAUUCUGUUUACCAGCGAAUUUGAAUUUAUUAGGUACCAAACUGGAGAAGGCAGCAGGAACUUUGCAAUCACCUGAUGGAAAAACAACCGACUCACCAUGUACAUCAAAACAAGAUUAAGGUUCAUUUGACUUGCUUUCUCAUAACACUAAUGGUGUCUCUUGAGCUGCCCCGUGCGGCUUGCAUACAUGUUUAUUAAUGCAGGACACCAAGUGGAGGAGAAUCAUGUUAAAUUUCUUCCUGGGCCUACACUGACAUGACAAGCCAUUGUAUCAUAAGAGGAAAACAUCCUAAACUUUAGGACCUAAAGGGACAGAACUCAACUUCUUCUUCUUCUCCUUCUCCUUCUCCUUCUCCUUCUCCUUCUCCUCCUUCUCCUUCUCCUCCCUUUCUUUUCUUCUUCUCCUUCUCCUUCUCCUUCUCCUCCUCCUCCUCCUCCCCUCCCCUCCUCUCCCUUUCUUUUCUUCUUCUUCUUCUCCUCCUCCUCCUCCUCCUCCUCCCCUCCCCUCCCUUUCUUUUCUUCUUCUUCUCCUCCUUCUCCUUCUCCCCUCCCUUUCUUUUCUUCUUCUCCUUCUCCUCCUCCUCCUCCCCUCCCCUCCCCUCCCUUUCUUUUCUUCUUCUUCUUCUCCUCCUCCUCCCUUCCCCUCCCUUUCCCUUCUUCUUCUUCUUCUUCUCCUCCUCCUCCUCCUCCUCCUUCUUCUUCUCCUCCCCCUCCCUUUCUUCUUCUUCCUCUUCUUCUUCUUCCUCUCCUCCUCCUCCUCCUUUUCUUUCUUCUUCACCACCUUAUUACAGGCAGUCCUCGACUUGCGAUCACAAUUGAGCCCAACCUUUCUGCCGCUGAGUGAGACAUUCGUUAAGAGAAUUGUGUGCUCCAUUUUGUGAGCUUCCUCGCCACGGUCGUUAGGCGAGCCACUCCAGUUUGUCAAGUUAGCGACCCGGUGGUUAUGCAAAUCCGGCUUCCCCGUUGACUUGGCUUCUGAGAAGGGGAUCCCAUGAUCCCAGUGGGAAACUGCAACCGUCAUAAAUAAGAGCCAGUGGACAAGGGUCUGAAUUUUGAUCACGCGACCAUGGGAAUGCUGCAAUGGUCGUUAAGUGUGAAAAAAACGGUGCUAAGUCACUUUUUUCAAUGGUGGCAUAACUUUGAAGCGAACUGUUGUUAAGUCGAGGACUAUCUAAGUGGGUGCUGGUAAUUUGAGUAGAAGCAGGAAAUUCUUCCCUACAGUCACUAAGUGUUAAAUCCAACAACUGGAAUUUCUACUAGUAGAACAGAGCUGAGCAUUUUAUGGUUUCCAAGCCACAUCCAGUCCUAUGACUAUUCUUGUCCUUUUCUGGUCCGCGUGGAUUGCUUUUAUUUUAAAGGAAACUGCUAUUUAUUUUUUAUUCCCCCAAAUCUAACAGAUAUGAGUGCAAGCCCAUGCACCUUCCCGGCCCUAUCAGUUCAAUCUUCCACAACAGUUCCAGUGGCCUCUUGGGAAAAUUAGUUGCCCACCUGUUUGUUUAGAAUAUUCCUCCACUUCAGAAGUUUUUGUUGGUCUGUGCACAACUGAAACUGAAUAAGCCCACAUCUUCAUUUUCAAAGACUUUUUUGUAAGAUAGCACACACAGAGGCAUGUAGGUAUGAUGUGGUGUAGGUGGGAACUUAACGGUGGUGUGGGACCUCCACGGAAAUGAAUUGGAAAACAAUUGACCUGGUGUGAAUCUUCAUAGAAACCCCUCCCCCCCACAAGCUUUCUGUGGCAGGAAAGAAAAAUCUGGGAUAAUAAACCACAAACCAGAGUUUCCUACGGAAUAUGAAUAUUUACACUGGUUUGUGUUCGCAAAGUGCUGUUGUUCAGCUCAGGGAAUCCAUCCGUCCUUGUGAUAUAUGAGAAUGACCCCUUUGGGUGCCAAAGCUCGGUGGGUAUCAAAAGUUGUUGUGCCCACAUUAAAUGCCUAGAUUUGGCUCUGGAAAAUCCAAACGCUGAUGGGACCAGCUUUGGAGAUCUUCAGAGGUGGUAUUCAGCCGGUUUGGGGAAACCGGCAGCAGAGAUCAUGGGUGGGCCUGCCCCCCUCCCCGCCCCGGCUCUAUGCCGUCCUAUUUAGGCCCGGUUUUGAGGAUGGGCACAUGCGUGGAAGGCCGGGUAGCAACAAAAUGUGAAGCCCACCACUGGAGAUCUUGCUUCUCCACGAAGCCCAUGGAUGAUCUUGAAGAAGUCACAGUCUCUCCACAGGAGCUUCCUGAGGUUAGGAGAUGCCCCUGCCGUUCUCCGUGGUAAUAUUGCAGGAUGAAAAUACAAUGUACACAGAGGCAUUGCGUUGUUGUCAUUCUGGACAAUUGUUUGUGCCAAAAUAUUAUCCCCAAACGGCCAACGUGCUCCAUGAAUGAGAUUGGCCUGCCUGGUCACUGGGAAAUUUUGAGGAGCCUACCUGAAAGGUACAACAUUAGUGUCACGUAGGUGGGCAUUUGUAAAAAAAUAAAUAAAUAAAUAUGACAGUGUUGUAACAGCAAGACACGGGAGCACCUCCGCUGUCUCCUAUGCUGCCUGAAGGCAUUUAUUAUAAAUGUUACCGCUGACACGGCAGACAAGGAAAUCUGCCUUCUCUGGAUAGAUUUUAAUUGUCCUCUUGUUUUUCAUGGCACACUGUCCUUCCAGAAAGCUCUUCUGGUGCCCCAAAGUGACUUCAUCUGGUGCUGUCCACCGUGUUUCCUCGAACCUCAGUAAUGUUCUGUAUUUCAGAGCAUCAGUCUACUUGUUAUUCCCAUGAUGCCUUUCUGUUGUUGUCUUUGCUAAUAAACCACCUUUCGUUAACUUUUUAAUAAAAGCUGCCUUCAGCCUG